AUGGCCAAUGAGAAUCACGGAAGCCCUGCAGAGGAAGUGUCUCUCAUGAGUCACUCCCCUGGCACCUCCAACCAGAACCAGCCCAGCUCCCCCAAACCCAUGCGACUGGUACAGGACCUGCCAGAUGAGCUGGUGCAGGCUGGCUGGGAGAAGUGCUGGAGCAAGCGGGAGAAUCGCCCGUACUACUUCAAUCGCUUCACUAACCAGUCUCUGUGGGAAAUGCCUGUUCUGGGACAGCACGAUGUCAUUUCGGACCCUCUGGGAUUGAACGCGGCUCCGAUGCCACUGGAAGGCGGAAUGAUAGAUGCCUCUGUGGAGAGCAAGCAAAGGAAGAGGAGAUUCUCUGAGGAGGUUCCGCCGAGCGGCAACAGUACGAAAAAGCCCAAGGUGGGUCUGGUGGAUGUCCCAGCUGCUCAGCCAGUCCCAAGCUCUCCCAGUAUUCCAGGAACCUCUGUUCUGAAGGCAUGGUGUGUUUCACCUGAAGAUAAACAGCAGGCAGCUCUUUUACGACCAACUGAAGUAUAUUGGGACCUGGAUAUUCAGACAAAUGCAGUGAUUAAGCAGAAAGCACCAUCUGAAGUGCUUUCUCCACACCCCGAGGUGGAGCUGCUUCGAUCCCAGCUCAUUCUCAAGCUGCGGCAACAUUAUCGUGAGCUCUGCCAGCAGCGAGAAGGGAUUGACCCCCCCAGGGAGUCCUUUAAUCGGUGGAUGUUGGAGAGGAAGGUGGUUGAUAAAGGGACAGAUCCUCUUUUACCGAGUGACUGUGAGCCAGUAGUGUCUCCCUCCAUGUUCAGAGAGAUCAUGAAUGACAUUCCCAUCAGGUUGUCCAGAAUCAAGUUCCGGGAGGAAGCCAAGAGAUUGCUCUUCAAGUAUGCCGAGGCUGCGAAACGCCUGAUAGAAUCCAGGAGUGCUUCACCAGACAGCAGGAAGGUGGUGAAGUGGAACGUGGAGGACACCUUCAGCUGGCUGCGACGGGACCAUUCUGCCUCUAAGGAGGACUACAUGGACCGCCUGGAGCACUUACGCAAGCAGUGCGGGCCCCACGUGUCUGCUGCAGCCAAGGACUCCGUCGAAGGCAUCUGCAGUAAGAUUUACUACAUAUCCCUUGAGUACGUCAAGCGGAUCCGGGAGAAGCAUCUCGCCAUCCUCAAAGAGAACAAUAUAUCCGCUGAGAUAGAAGCUCCGGAGGUCCAGGACAGGCUGGUGUACUGUUACCCAGUGAGGCUGGCCAUCCCCUCCCCGCCGCUCCCCAGCGUGGAAAUGCACAUGGAAAACAACGUGGCGUGCGUGCGGUACAAGGGGGAGAUGGUGAAAGUGAGCCGCAACUACUUCAGCAAGCUGUGGCUUCUCUACCGGUACAGUUGCAUUGACGACUCUGGCUUUGAAAAGUUUCUGCCCAGGGUUUGGUGCCUUCUCCGUCGCUAUCAGAUGAUGUUCGGUGUGGGUCUGUACGAAGGGACUGGUCUGCAGGGGGCACUUCCCGUGCACGUCUUCGAAGCCCUCCACAAGCUCUUUGGAGUGAGUUUUGAGUGCUUUGCCUCGCCCCUGAAUUGCUAUUUUAAACAGUACUGUUCGGCCUUCUUGGAUACAGACGGGUAUUUUGGAUCCAGGGGCCCGUGCCUGGAUUUCUUCCCUUUAAGUGGCUCUUUUGAGGCAAAUCCUCCGUUCUGUGAGGAGCUGAUGGAUGCCAUGGUCUCCCACUUUGAGAAACUGCUGGAGAGCUCCACUGAGCCUCUCUCCUUCAUCGUCUUCAUCCCCGAGUGGCGGGACCCUCCCACGCCAGCCCUGACCCGCAUGGAGCAGAGCAAGUUCAAGCGGCACCAGCUCAUCCUGCCCGCCUUCGACCACGAGUACCGCAGCGGCUCUCAGCACGUCUGCAAAAAAGAGGAGAUGUACUACAAGGCCGUGCACAACACGGCCGUCCUCUUCCUGCAGAACAGUGCCGGCUUUGCCAAGUGGGAGCCCACGCCGGAGCGGCUGCAGGAGCUCGUUGCAGCCUACAAGCAUUCAGGCCGGACCCUCAGCUCCUCAUCCUCCUCCUCCUCCUCCUCGUCCUCUUCCUCCUCCUCCACAGCAGACAAAGAGCGGGAGCUGGGCCGAGAGCAAAGCAGCAGCCGGGAGACAAACCCCAACUAAGGUGCAGAGGAGCGAGGCAGCAGGGGAGCUGCCAGCGGCCCGAGGAGGCUUGCCAGGGCGGUGGAGAGACUGCUGGCUGCGCGGCACCGGCCGGGGGACACUCGCGCAGCAGCUCCACGCAUGGCACCUGCUUUCCUCUGUGAACUGCACGCCGCCCCCGCCCAGGAGCGCCGGAGAGCGCCCGGC